ACUGAGCAGAGCCCUGGGUCCCUCUCCUCUGGCCGCCUGGAGCUCUGGAGCUCUGGAGCUCACACUCCCACUUUGCCGGUCUGUAACAAGGCGGCGGGGCAGGGGCGAGCGCGACCAUGCCGGGCCUGCCCAUCUCCCUGGGUGCUGGCGGCGGACACAGGGAAGUGUGUGUGAAAGCGUCCUGUGAAUCGCGCCCGCCAGGGAGUUAGAGGCACCUUCUGUUGUUUCAGAGCUUCGACAGAGAUCCCAAAGGGAAAGAGAAAGAGGUGGCCGCUUAUUUAGGCAGGGACACUAAGAGGUUAUGAAAUCAGCUUUGAGAGCUUCGGCUUGUCACCAACCUGGAGACCAUAGAAGAGGAGGCUGGGGGUGCAGCUCGGGACAGUCAGAGAGCAGCCUCCGCGCGGGAGCUGUCGAGGGGGAGGCGCUGCUUCUCCCCCUUUGCCUCAGCCCAUCCCCACAAUAAGCCUAGUGAGUCUCUGUCUGGCUUCAGAGCCCACAGGAAGCCAGACAGGUGCCCUCUCGAGUUGGAAGGACAAAGGGACUGAUACUUAAGCCACAUUGCAAACCAUGAAUGCAGAGCCUGGUUGGAGCCGUCUGUGGUGGCAGGACAAGGAGAGAGAGAGACCUCCGGGGAAUCUGCAGAAGCUCCAUGUGGGGCAGAGUACCCGUUCAGGCAGGCCACACCCCUGGGCCUUGGCCCCAGACGCGAACCGACCAAGUGCUGUCCUGGGGCUUGCUACCCUUCACCACUCCCCCGUCCCUGUUCCGAGUCUGGGGGUGCCAGAACAGUUCUGGAGCAUGGACACCUCCUCUCAGGGCUCUGGCUUCCAGAUCUCCCUGCAGCUACGUGAUGCCCCAGGCUCCACACCACCCUGCCAACCUUCCAUUCUUUCCUCUCCAUCAGCCACACCCAAGGGGCUUCAUCCUGGCAGAGAAAGAGUCUCAAGUAUCUGGUCUACUCUGUGCUACAGGAACAUUUCUGAGAAUGGUCAAGAGCCGAAGCCACAGUUUGCCUCCAUGCUCCAGACCAUGGUCAGAGGUGUGCUGGAAGAUGGACUGUCCUCCAAUGGUAUACCCCGAUCUGCAGCCCCAGGUGGAAUAUCCAACCCGGAGAAGAAGAUGAGCUGUGGGACCCAGUGCCCGAAUCCCCAGAGCCUCACCUCAGGCCCUCUGACCCAGAAACAGAAUGGCCUUCGGACCAUGGAGGUUAAAAGAGACGCUAAGCGAAUGUCUGCAAAAGAAGUUACCAUUAACGUGACAGAAAGUAUCCGACAGGUGGACAGAAAUCGAAGGAUGGCGAAGAACUGUGUUAACUAGCAGAGUGUGCUACUAGAAGGGCAGAUGGACUCCUUUGGUGCCCUCCACAUCCUGGACCCCAUGAAAGAGUCUUGAAGAAGGGUGUGACCCUUGCAGAAGAUGAAUAAUGCUGCUGCCUUGAGAGACUGCCUUCCCCAGCAGGCCAGUGGCUGCCUGGGCUUUGGGGACAUUCUCAGCCUCCAAUUACCACGUAAACAUUUUGGCGCAGUACUUGUGUAUGGUAAUAAGCUCCAAAUGUGCAAUUAGUUUGCCUCUUUGCAACUCCUGCUCUGUGGUCUGAUGUGAAAGCGGUGUGCAAAAGCCACAGGUGGGUCUAUGAAACAGAAGUAGGAGUACACUCCCUGGGGGAAAGAUGCUCACAUGGAUUCUAGGCUCCCCUGGCCAUGGUAGCGUGCGCUUUUCCAGUCAGCUUGUUCUUUCGUUCUCUCUUGCUGAAAACCACCAUCAGAAAGCUUACCGUGUUCACUUAAAAGUUGUCUUUCACCCAACGGUAAAUCCAGAUAAAGGAGAAAUUGAGAAACAGGAAAAUUUCCUGCUAUACAUGUUUCCUUAGCUCAGUACGAGAUUCAGAUCCAGUUUCACACAAACUCACUCCGUCAACACCCACAGCAUGUGUUGGGAGGUCUCUGUGAGGCAGUCACACCCAUUUCUCAACUGUCUUCCAUGCACCCCAUCCUGGUGUCCAUGUCAGCCUCCACACCGCAAUGUCACGGUCACUGUGGUCAACGCAUCCAACCUAGGAUGCUUCCCGGGGCUCAGCCAGACACCACAUUUUCAGAGCUUCCCAGUUCUCCUUGCCUGCACUCUUGAGUGUUUGUUUUCUCCAGUUGGGUCAUUUGCGUGGACACAGCUCACCAGAGGGAGAUAACCUAGCACACGUACCAGCAGCACAUACGGCUUCCCCGUGGCAUCUUGUCCUCAGCACCAGGACUAUGUCAUGUGCUACCCGUGAAGGAGUCACUUUAGAAAGCCCGUACCUGGUUGGUGUGCAUUGUUAACCUUGUUGUGUUGACAUUGACGUUAGACUGAUGCACACUGGGUCAGAAAUCAGAGGCAGUGAAAAAUGUCUUGAUAGAUUAAAAUCAUCUAACAUUUCUUUAAACACAUUAAAGGGGAAGUAUCUUCCUCCAAAGUAAUGUAGCAUGAUUUUUAAAAGACUGUUAACACACCUGGAUUGGGAAAGGUAGGACUAAAGUUGUACCAAACAAUAACAAUAAACUCCAUAGUUAGCAGAAAUAGGCAGAAUAGGUGGUGUGUGUUUAUAUAAUGUGGCCUAGAGAAUUGACAUGCGUUGGUUAAAAUUUAGAAACUUGGCCUCGUUACCUGCCAAUUUUGUUAUUCCUCAAACACAGACAAGUACUGCUUCUGCUUCCUCCCUCCUCCCUCCCUUCGGUACACUGUGUAUUUAUCCAUUAAACACUAAGUACCAACCCUGCACCGGGCACCUUGCAGAUGCUAAGAGAUUUGGAGUCUGGCCAGUCAUCCUGAAUGUAACAGCGGAUUUAAUAACUAGGGGAUGAAGCUUGACCCUAAGGUGUAGGGUGUGUGUAGUGAACUGCUCUGCAGCAGCACUCACUUUGACAUUCAGAAUAGGUUUCUCUCUUACACUCUGGAUCUGGGUGUUCUCCUAAUCACGGCCCAAGCCUUUACCCUACACAAAACUAGUUUUCCCAAACUUCUAUCGUUUUGUGGUACUUUGAGAAAGGGCUUUUAGGGAACUUCAUGUUCUGAAAAUUAAAAAGUAAUAAGAAAAUAAAAGCCAAACCUGUGACUCCCAUGGCCCCCCCCCCGGCAUUACUCAGCUGAGCCUUCCGCUGCCAAAGGUUGGCAAUGAUCCUGCAAGCUCAAGGGCUCAUUCUCCCAGGGCACAUGUGUCGUGUUUCUGUGUGGGGUGUUCCUUCCCCCUUCACGUGCUGUCAGUUAUGGACGACACCAGUUUCUCUUUACAUCCUUGUUUUUUUGCAUCACUUCACUGCUGCAAGUUGUUUGGGAUUUAUUAACUUGAAAGGGUGUCUCUGUUUUAUAUAGAAACAAGGUCUCCCUCCUGGGGGAGAAGGGAAUAAAGGACAUAUAUGAUCUGCCCCUCCCUGGAACCAUCUGGAUUUCACAAAGACAGUGAUCAGAAGUCAAACCAUGUUACUGGAAACUCAUCUGGCAAUUUUUUCCUGUGUGUAUGAUACAAGAACUGAUUCUUACUAUCCUAUUAACACUUUCUAUUGCAAAGUUUGUGUCAAUAAAGUCAUCAAUUUCAAACAUA